AUGGCUCAUCCCCGUAUUAGACUGCCUGGCUUCGGCCAGCCCCUCAAGACUAACCUGCCUGUCGUCGAUUCCCAAGGUGACCGGCGACGUUUUCCUCAUGCCAUAUCCGACACUUGCGACAGUGUGGGUAUCUCGGUUCGCGAGCGUCGCAUGUUGGAAUUCAUCAAUCAAAUCACGGACAAGCCAGAGUGGAAUCGGAAGGUUUUCGAUGAGGCCAUUGUGGGAAAAUGGAGGGGGGAGGCCUGUGUCUGGAGUCCAGAGCUCCGGGAGAAGUAUUUGUCGGAGGCAAUGUUUGACUACUGUCUCCAAGAGCUUCGCGACAAAGCCACUUAUCAUCAGCAGUCUCAGAUGGUCUCCGUCUGGGACAGUGAGAGAGCAAUCGUCAAAUCCGACACCGCAGUGACUUUAGCCCUCGCUGACGCUUUACGACAGCAUGUCCGGGCACUCGAGGAUGUGCCUGAACAGUCGAAGGAUUGGCAUCCCGGAUCCGAUCAGAAAGUCCUGGAUCUCCUGCAUCCGUCCCUCUUUCCCGUGAUUUAUGGCAAAUCCCGCGCGUUGCCAUAUGGGACCGUGCCACUUGAUGAUUGUGCCCGCUUCAGCGGUGGAGGCGAGGUCGUCGACCCCGAAUUGCAUGGCACUCGAGAGACACUGGGCACUCUUCCUGAAUGGGGGAGCUUCCAGUGGCUCCCCUCCAAUAUCUCCUUUGAUCACGACGGACAACCCAGCAUAGUCAGCUACAUCAACAACUUACAACCUAAAAUGCACAAGCCGCUUUAUGGGACCCUAGAGAAGUUCGUCGCUGCUGCCAUCCCUCUUUGGAGUGAAUGCCUCUCCUGGUCUGAACCUCGGUUAAGGAUCGAGGAUUCGGGACUGGGCAACGAAGCACUAACAGCACCUGAUGGAGUCACCUUCACUCCUGCAGAGGAUGACGUGGAUUCAAAUACUGAAAUUCGGCCUUAUACAUGGGAAGAAGCCAAGGGAAUCCAGUUUGAGCGAGAGGAUAAUUAUUGGGAGUGGUGUCAGGCCAACCGUAUUAUCAUACCAACAGAACCAGAGCCUUUCUGCUCUCGUCAACAAUGGGAGGAACGAGCAGAACACCGAUCCGUCGACCUGCAAAAGCAGUUUGCCAAGUCCGGACUGCAAGUCAUCUUCAAACUUGCCAAUAUUCAUCUCACCCCCGAAAAGCCCCAAUACGAGGGUGGAUCCUGGCAUAUUGAAGGUGCAAUGAACGAGCACAUUGUUGCCACGGCCCUCUAUUACUAUGAUGAGCACAACAUCACUCCCAGUCAUCUCGCGUUCCGUCAAUCGCUAGAUAGUGAUGAAAUGAUGAUGAAUGUUGGACAGUACGAAUAUCACGCCACAGAGGUAUUUUAUGGGAUCAACAACGAUGGCCCUGCAAUCCAAAACCUGGGUAGUGUUCUGACUAGACCAGGCCGUCUCCUGGCCUUCCCCAAUACCCUCCAACAUCAAGUUCAGCCUUUUCAACUUGCCGACCCCACCCAGCCUGGCCAUCGCAAGAUCUUAGCCAUGUUCCUAGUGGAUCCAUAUAUCCCAGUACUGUCGACGGCAAACGUGCCACCCCAGCGCAAGGAUUGGUGGGCUGCUGAGGUACGCCAAGUGCCUCCGUUCAACCGCUUGCCUAGAGAGAUUUUCGAUAUGACUAUGCAGCAUGUGACGGACUUUCCUCUUAGCUGGGAGGAUGCAGUGCAAGCCAGACAGGACCUCAUGGAUGAACGAGGGGCACUGAUCGAGCAACUCAACGAUGGCAUGGAAGAAAACACGUUCUUCUUCUGCGAGCACUAAACCCUUCCCGUCACCUUUGACUAAUGUGAACUACAUAAUAUUAUCAAGAGAGUCACGAACCCAGGUCGUAUAAAUAUCACUUUAAUCCAUAUCUCCUCCCUAUUUAAACGCGCCCCUUUAUAAACUACAACAUACACCGAAAACAUACCAGAAAGAUAGCCUCAGAAUUAGAACCUCCAUCCACAGCUGACCAUGGCCACCCACACCAUCCCCAUCAAUUCCAAUACGAAAAAUCAAACAACGCCGAGAAAUCACUCGCCGAUGGAUUCGACGUCCCCAUUAUCGGCUGAAGAGGAUCACUGGGAUAAAAG